UUGAAACAAAGCUCAUCACCAAAUCUUCUUUGUGUGCAAGCAAAAAAUCAGUGUUCUUUCUUUUAAGUUCAUCAACUACCAUAACUGUUCUUUCCUUGUAAUCUUUUUUUCCAUUUUUUUGUAAAGUUUACCAAAAUUAUUUCCCACAUUUCUUCGUAAAUCACUCGCUUCAUUAACUUAAAAUCUGUUUAGGAUUUAGAUUCCCCAAAAAAAGUGGUCCCUUAGUGUGUAUAAAUCUUGUCUCUUGUUAUCCCCACAUUGACAACCAAAAAUUCAAUCUUUGUGUGUAUAAAUCUGUUUAGGAUUUGAGAGUUUUUUGGCUUUUGUUAUGGCACCUUCAAACAACCCUGUUAAUUCUAUUUUGAAUCGUCUUCGUUCUAGUAGUUUGGAUCAGUGUUUUGAUUUAUGUAAGGGAAAGUUCAGUGUCAAAGGUUGUCCUUUAUUACAUGAUGUUCCUAGCAAUGUUAGUUUCAGACCAUUUUCUUUGGUUUGUAAUGAAACAGAGUCUGAUGCACCGUUUCCUUUGGUUCAACGAGUCAAGGCUUUGUCUCACAAAGGUGGGUUCUUAGGGUUCAAUAUUGAUGAGCCAUCUGAUAGUGUGGUGAACUCAUUGGGUAGGUUUACUGAUAGGAACUUUUUGAGUAUCUUUAGGUUCAAAACAUGGUGGUCUACACAAUGGGUUGGAACUUCAGGGUCUGAUUUGCAAAUGGAAACUCAAUGGGUAGUUUUAGAUGUGCCUGAAAUUAAGUCCUAUGUAAUAAUUAUACCCAUCAUUGAAGGUGGUUUCAGGUCUGCUCUUAGACCUGGUAAUGAUGGACAUGUCAUGAUCUUUGCUGAGAGUGGUUCUAGUCAUGUUAAGUCAUGUUGUUUUAGUUCAAUAGCUUACGUUCAUGUGUCUGAAAACCCUUUCAACUUGAUGAAAGAAGCAUUUAGUGCCAUUAGGGUUCAUCUUAAUACCUUUAAGCUCUUGGAAGAGAAGAGCCUUCCUAGUAUAGUUGACAAAUUUGGUUGGUGCACUUGGGAUGCUUUUUACUUAACCGUUGAACCGGCUGGUGUAUGGCAGGGUGUUAAAGAGUUUGCCGAUGCAGGGGUGUCGCCGAGGUUUGUCAUCAUCGAUGAUGGGUGGCAAAGCAUUAAUAAUGAUGGUGAUGACCCUAAUGAGGAUGCUAAAAACCUCGCCCUUGGUGGGGAACAAAUGACUGCUAGGCUUCAUAGAUUUGAAGAGUGUGACAAGUUUAGAAAAUACAAGGGUGGUUCCUUCUUGGGUUCUAAUGCCUUGUCAUUCAAUCCACAAAAGCCUAAGAUGCUGAUCACUAAGGCCAUUGAAAUCGAACAUGCCGUCAAGGCUCGUGACAAGGCACUUCAAUCCGGUGCUACUGAUGUUUCCGAGUUUGAAACCAAGAUCAAGAAGCUGAAACAAGAAUUGGAUGAUAUGUUUGAAGUAGAAGGAAGUGGGCUCCCAAAUGGAAACCGUGAAAGCUUUGACUGCAAGGGUGAUGACUUCGGCUUGAAGGCAUUUACAAGGGAUUUGAGAACCGAGUUCAAAGGUUUAGACGACAUUUGGGUGUGGCAUGCUCUUUGUGGUGCUUGGGGUGGUGUUAGACCAGGAGCAACUCACCUCGAUUGUAAAGUGGUUCCUUGUAAUGUCUCUUCAGGACUUGAUGGGACCAUGCCGGAUUUGGCCGUGGAUAAAAUUGUUGAAGGUGGGAUUGGACUGGUUCAUCCAAAUCAAGCUGAUGAUUUCUUUGAUUCCAUGCAUUCUCACCUUUCUGAAUCCGGUGUUACUGGAGUAAAAGUUGAUGUUAUUCACACUCUCGAAUAUGUAUCCGAAGAAUACGGAGGCCGGGUUAACCUUGCCAAGGCUUACUACAAUGGUUUAUCGAGUUCGUUGUCAAAGAACUUCAAAGGGACUGGAAUCAUCUCCAGCAUGCAACAAUGCAAUGAUUUUUUCUUCCUUGGGACAAAACAGAUAUCCAUGGGCAGAGUUGGUGAUGAUUUCUGGUUCCAAGACCCGAAUGGGGAUCCGAAUGGAGUUUUCUGGUUGCAAGGUGUUCACAUGAUCCACUGUGCUUAUAAUAGCUUGUGGAUGGGUCAGAUCAUACAACCUGAUUGGGACAUGUUCCAAUCUGACCAUGUUUGUGCCAAAUAUCAUGCUGGAUCCAGGGCAAUAUGCGGUGGACCAGUUUAUUUGAGCGACUCCCUUGGCUGCCAUAAUUUUGACCUUAUUAAGAAGCUGGUUCACCCUGAUGGCACCAUCCCGAAGUGCCAGUGCUUUGCCCUUCCGACCCGAGAUUGUCUUUUUGUAAACCCUUUAUUCGAUAAUAAGUCCCUUCUCAAGCUAUGGAAUUUCAAUAAGUAUGGAGGUGUUAUUGGAGCUUUCAACUGCCAAGGUGCCGGUUGGGACAGUAAGGUUCGGAGGAUCAUCGGCUAUCCACAGUGCUACAAGCCUGUCACCGGUUCAGUGCACAUCACCGAUAUCGAAUGGGACCAAUGCAUGGAAGCUGCUGCAAUGGGUGAGGCUGAAGAGUAUGUUGUCUACCUAGACCAAGCUGAAAGCCUACUCUUGUUGACACCGAAAUCCAAUCCGAUCCAAGUCACCAUCCAACCAUCUUCAUUUGAGAUUUUCAGCUUCGUGCCCGUGAAAAACCUUGGUCCUAUCGCCAAAUUCGCCCCUAUCGGUGUAACUGACAUGUUCAAUUCCGGAGGGACAAUACAAGAAUUGGACUACAACGAGACUGGAGCAGCAGCUGCAAGGCUCAAAAUCAAAGGUGGUGGGAACUUCCUAGCCUAUUCUAAUGUUGCUCCAAAGACCUGUUACUUGAACGGUACCGAGGUGGCUCCCGAGUGGUGUGCCGAUGGCAAAUUAAAGCUCGAUCUCUCUUGGACCAAGGAAGCCAAUGGAAUUUCUGAUGUGGUCUUUGUCUUUUAAAUUACUUUUAUCUAGUAGUUUUGGAUUAUUGUUUAGGUUUGAAACUAAUUAAGGAUGUAAUUAUUCAUCCCUCUCUUAAAAUUCAAAAAUAAUGAAACAAUCUAAGUUCAUGUUUCAAAUAA